CCUAAAUAAAUAAAUAUAGAAAACAAUAUAAUAAUUAAGAAUGGCCACUCCAAUAUCUACCAAAUGAUUUAUAUAUAUAGAUGUCCCCUCCCAAUUACUCUAAAUCAUUAUCAUAAUAAGAAGAAAGAGUUCGACACAUUGUUCUCUGACUCGAUCGAUUUAACAUCAUCAAAGAAAACAACAAAUAAAAACGUUUCUUACGUGGUUUUUAUAGAUUUCUUGUGAAUGUCUUCUGACCAAGGAAAUGGAUCGAACCUUUCAACGUCUCCGGAGGUAGAAGGGACUGAAACAAUCCCUCUUCGCCGGAGGUUGCAAAGAGGGCAAAGAGUGUUCGCUCCGAAGCUGCUGGAGGCUCUCCGUCGAUCACGGAUGAGCUCAGAAGCUCCGGCGAUCCAUCUUAGUCAGAGAUGGAGAGCCACGUCGUCGCAAAAGGUUUAUUCUUUGAAACUCUAUGACGCUCUUAGGCGAUCGAGGCGGAGCUCAACAGUCCGAGACACGGCCGACGAAGUGCUGGCGACGACGGCUCGUGGUGCAACCCGAUGGAGCCGAGCCAUAUUGGUGAGCCGAGUAGCGACCAGUCUGCACCGGCGGCAAAGGAAUACAAAACCGGCGUGGGCAUUGGCCGCGGCGGUAAGGGGAAGUGGUGGGAGGAGGAGGAAGUUGUCGGCAGUGGGAAAUAGGGUUAGGGUUUUGGGUGGGUUGGUGCCGGGUUGUCGGAGAACUGCUUUACCGGAGCUCUUGGAUGAGACAGUGGAUUACAUAGCGGCGUUGGAAAUGCAAGUCCGAGCCAUGACAGCUCUAUCGAAGAUUCUGUCCGAGUUUCAGCCGUCUGAUACGAUCGGCUCGGCUUUAUAGCCGAAGAUUAUAAGCCUUUGGUGUGUGCUAUUUUAAUUCUUGUUACGAUUUUCAUUUAUCAUCGGGAUCUAUUAUUAUUGUUUUUCAUGAUUUGUUUGUCCUCAAAAAAACAAAACAAAAUUGUCAAAAUCAUCACGAGUUGGACGAAAAUACUAUGUUUUUUUCUUCCUCUUCUUUUUUUUUUUUGAGGUGUCGUUUCACAUGUUUUGAGUUGUAAAUAUUUUUUUCUUAAAAAUUUAGGAUUCCUAUGAAUAAUUGAAUAUUAUAAGACU